CAUUUGCAGCCUCAAGAAGAAAAAGCCCCCCUCUUUUGGGGAAUCUGAAUUUUCAUUUCGAUGGCAUGAACUGCAUCGGCUCAUGGCACUUUCUUUCUGCGACCAUGGGUGUUGCUGUUCCUGGUGAUGGUGAUGGUGCCGAGUACGAUGAUGAUGAUGCUCCCUGGUAUAUCCCCCGGUAUAUUGUAAUGCCGCCUGGCGGGGGCCGACGACCCACAUAAAUCAUUCACAAUUAGAUACGGACGCAACUGCGGCAGCGGCUUAAACACCUGACCGACUUGCCUCCUAAAACUCCCAGUGAGUGAGUGAAUGGAUUGCAGAUUGUACCUGCUGCCGCGCCCCUGCAACGUCUUCGGCAACUGCAUCUUCGCCUCCUGCAACCUGGUCAACCUGCUUGGCUCCGCCGAAGCUUGUUUCUGGCGGAAGAGCUGCUGCCGCUGGAGCGCCAGAGCCGGCUAAAAAAAAAAGGAAAAAAUUCUGAAUACAACAAAAAAAAAGAAGAGCCAGCCAGCCAAACACACGUAAAGAACAUCGCCGUUGUCGUCGUCUUGGAAUUUUCUUCUCUUACAAAAAAAUAAAAAAGAAAAACAACGCGCCUGGCCGACCAGGCAAAAAGUGUAAAAAAGCCAAGCAAAUGCAAUCGCGGCUCAAAGCAAAAAAAAUUAGCGCAUAGUGAAGAGUGUGGCCAAGAGUGUGUUGUAGUUAGUGAGUGUGUGUGAGUGUGCCCAGCUGAGUUGAAGAAGCAAAAAAGAAAAUAAUAAGAGAGAGAAAAUUGAAAAAGUGUCAAGCGAGUGGAGAGGAGCCGGCAAUGCGACCAGGCGACCCCGACGGGUUAAUUACCGUUAUCCUUGCACAGAAACAGCGGCCACUAAACGGUACUCAAGUUGUGGAUUACGUCUACGCCGCGUUGUCGCCGCGUGAAAGGACAACAGCCAGGCAUUGCAUCUGCAGCAACAACAACAGCAGCAGCAGCAACAUCUGCAGCAACAGCAGGAACAACCACUGUUAGAGCCAUAAAAACCGCAUUGAACACAAGGAGAAGUCAAGUGAACAUUCCAAACGGGCUAAUUGGCAAGCCGCGAAAUCAAAACGAGAGUAAAAGCCUAGCGAAGCCUUCACCAUGAGCAGCCAGCUGGAAGAGGAGGAGUAGCGGCUGACAAAGGCGAUAACUGGCAAUAAGUGUGAGGUGGCAGUAAAGGAUUCCGGGGAAAAGUCUACGCCAUCGAGGAGCCCGGAAAAGCCCAGGAAAAUGCCAUCCGUAGGCAAUAGCAGCGGUGGCGGUGGCAACGAUGCACGUCUCAGUUACGUUGUAAAUCAAGUUGCAUCCGUAUCACUCUCAGUAUCCGCUUCCUCAUCCGCCUCCGAGUCCACCUUUCCCACCUUUAGUCCCCCGCGAAUCGAGAGUCUUGUGGCCAGCAGUUCGGCAGAGGAUUUGAGCAGCUUUGGCGACGUGACCUUCGACCUCUUUGACGACGAUGACGACCUUUUCGGCUCCCCAAUGGCCUUCGAUGCCAGCGAGAAUGGCCUCUGGAACGGACGCUUCGUACCGCCCCCGCCACGGCCGCCGUUCUUUGUGGACGAGCCCGUCCUGAGUGACGGCCUGACCACAUGCGACCUCUGCUCCUGGGCAAUGCCCACGAAAAGCACCUUCAUGUUUGAGGGAACGAUAGAAAAGGCCACAGAACUGGGCUGGCCACUGACGUUGAUCAUCGUGUCCGUGUUGUCGGCGCUGCUAGGCGCCAUCAUCAUGAUUGCCGUGGUGCGCUGCCGGCGCAAAAAGUCCUCCAACAAUCGCAACGACACGCACGUGCAGUGGUGGUCACGCAACAAGCGCGCCCACGCCAAUGGGCUGAAUGGUGCGAAUGGCGGCGCCGGUGGAGCGGCGGGAGGAGCUGCUGGCCACCAUCAGGGCCACCACCACCAUCAUCAUCAUGGCGGCAGCAGCAGCAACAUCAACAACAACCACCUGAGGCGGAGCAACAUCUACACGGCACACCCGGCGGACAGUAUCCGGGGACUGCAGCCACUGCCGGUGGUGCUGCCCCUACCGCUGACACUACAGCAUCCACAGUCGCCCACGGCUCAGUCUGGAAGCCAGGCUGCUGCUUCUGCCCCAUCGAGUCACUACUUCCAUCCCUUCCAGCCGCAGCAGCAGCAGCAGCAGCAGCACCUACAUCAUCCCCACCAGCACCAUCAGCAUCAUCACAUGCCGCUGUAUCCACAGCAGCAGCAGCAGGAUUGCGACGAGGAUGCGGCCUACGAGGAGCCGGAAUAUCACCAGCCGCAGGUCCUGCACUCGGCUCAGAGCAGCAGCUCCCUGUCCUCCGUGGAGUCCACGCCCAUGGCCAGGGAGGCAGCUGGAGCCAGUCAGUGGCCCCCGGCAGCCACAGCGGCUACCAUGGUCAUAGCCAGCUGAGAGGCGGGCCAGGACUGCUCCUGGAUAUGGCAGCAGUAGAGGUCGUCCUUCAGCCACUUAAGAUGCGGAGCACACGGGCGGCGUCAGAUCAUAAAGGGGAUUACACGUAACAAUUUUGUGGAGUUUAUUUUGCGCCAGUUCAUCCGAGAAGGAAUCCCAAACGAAACGAAUUUAGUGUCACUUCCGCUUCCGGUUCGCAAACUAUCGAACGGGUGGCAGAGAGAGAGAGAAAAGGAGCCCGACACACACAUAUCCUUAAUAUGCCAGCCACGUUUUAUCCUUUAUUGCCGCUCGGCAUCGAAACAGGGAUUUGAUCGGAUUAAAGCAAAUAAAGGGCGUGUGCACUGCCACAAGUUGAAAUCGCAGUUUUCGGGCGUGUUCGACACAAUCCCCUUGGGCUUUAGUAAGCCCCUUUAAGGGGUAUGCCCCACGUCGAGUCCCGGCCACUUUACCACUUGUCUGGCGCUGUUUAAAUGGACAUUUUCGGCUUUGAGCUGUGGAGUGUGGUUAAGUGUAUCUCCCGGCGAGAAAGGAGAGCUAACAACCACAAGCUGGUUUGCAGGAUAAAGCAAAGUUGAAGCGAAAAUAAAUACAUAUUUUAGAAAGUAUAAACUCGCAGAAUCAUCCUUAAAAACAUUAAUCAAAUUACGCGCUCAAGCAGCUAAUAGCAUUUGCAUUUCUCAAAUAGAGGCACUCGCAAAAACAGAAGCUCAUGACAAGCAUAUCAAACAUGUAAACUCCAACAACAGCAGCCAACAAAAAAGUACUUAAAACAAUCAAACUUAACAAACUUAACAUUAAUACAAAAAAUAAACGUAAACGGAAACUCGCGCCAUUGUACAUAAAUUGUAAAUAAUUUUUGCAAUCCGCUCCAAUUAGCAAUUAACUAAGGGAGCGUGCCACACCAAGUUGUUUCUCCUUCAACUAAAUACUGCAGUAUUUGCAUUAUCGGAAAGAAAAACAAAAAAUAAAUAAAACCAAGCGAAACGAAAGCUAAACAUUCCUCUUCACAGCAAACGCAAAGUUCAAGUUUUCAUUUAAAACGUAAUUAUAUUAAAAAUAAUAAAUAACACACAACCAAAGACUAGUCAUUUAAGUCACAAACGUUGCUAUGUACAAAUGAGAGAAAAAGUAUGAUUAAGCCAGUUAAUUAAUUCGAUUUAUUUAGUUUAGCCAGAUGAAAGAACAACUGCAAUAUUGUAUUUUAAAUAUUUAUUCAUUAAACGCACCCUCUAUCGCCCUCUCUCUACAUCUGUCCCGCAACAACAAUAAUCGUAAUUAGCAUUUAUAAUUAAAAACUCAAACAUCCAGUAAAUAAUAAAUAAUGGAAAUGAAUGGAGGCGGAGCGAAAAAAUUACUACGAGCAACUCAAAAUGUUCCAAUGUUUAGAUUAGCCAACUAAUUGCGUGGAAAUGUAAACGAAACAAAACAAAAGCAAAUAUGCAUCAUAGUUUUCGCAGAAAAUUCAUUAAAUUGUGCAGAAAUAAUUUAGGCACA